CUCCGGAUUGGGCGACAUCCAGUCACGUGACUUCCGGGUGGGAGACAGCUGAGAGGGACGCGAUGAAGAGUGGGAGACUCCUGCUGGUGUCCAAUUCCACGCUGCACGGCAGCGGCUACCUGGACCACUGUCACGAGCACAUCGCGCGCUUUUUGGGCAGGAAGGUGAAGAGGGUCUUGUUCGUCCCGUACGCGCUCCACGACAGGGACGCCUACGCCGAGACCGCUCGAAAGAAGUUGCGGACUCUGGGUUACGAGCUCGACAGCGUCCACGACGCCGCCGACCCCGUUGAUGCCGUCAACAAGGCGGAAGCCAUUUUUAUUGGUGGAGGCAACACUUUCCGGCUGCUGAAGUGUCUCUAUGACAACCAUCUGCUGACCGAGAUCCGGAGAAGGGUUCUGGAGGACGGCGUGCCGUACAUGGGCUCCAGUGCCGGCACCAACGUGGCCACUGUGAGCAUCAGCACCACCAACGACAUGCCCAUCGUAUUCCCGCCUUCUUUCGCCGCCAUCGGCCUCGUCCCCUUCAACAUCAACCCACACUUCUUGGACGCCGACCUCAACAGUCGCCACAUGGGGGAGACGAGAGAGCAACGCAUCGCUCAGUACCACGAGGAGCCGGAUACGCCGUCGGUUCUGGGUCUUCGUGAAGGUUCUAUGCUGCUGGUGGAGGGCCAGCGAGCAACUCUGUUGGGAAGCACCAAGGCGCGACUCUUUACCAGGGGACAAGCGGCGGUGGAGUACGAGCCAGGAAGUGACCUCAGCUUCCUGCUGACGGAGCUUUGACCAAUCAGACGCAAGCGAAGUUGGAUCUCAGGGUUUUUUUCCUCCCUUCAAAUAAACUGAUGACAUUUUUCUUGA